AUACCGUCCAUGUCCACAACAAUACAGCAAGGCGACACAGACACAGGUGCAGGGAACCAUCUCCCAGCAUGGCUCCUCGCCAUGUCUGGAAUAUUCACAGCAGUUGCUACUGCGAUAUCUAUGAUGUCCAUCGUUCUCCAAUUGAAGAAUUAUCGAAAGCCGACAUUGCAGAGGGCAGUAGUGAGAAUCAUGGUGAUGGUUCCCCUCUAUGCCAUAUCUUCUCUCAUAGCUUUGUUCUCACUUGAGGCUGCAUUCUUCAUUGACGCCAUUCGUGAUCUAUACGAGGCGUUUGUGAUUUACACCUUUCUUCAACUCCUCAUUACGUAUCUUGGUGGUGAACGCUCUCUCCUUAUAAUACUCCAUGGACGCCCACCAAUACCUCAUCCAUUUCCUGUAAACAUCUUUCUUCAGCCAAUGGAUGUUAGUGAUCCAUGGGUACUUUUGAACCUGAAACGGGGUGUGCUUCAAUAUGUGCAAGUGAAGCCUUUGUUAGUGCUUGCCACUGUAGCUCUCAAAGCCACUGGAACCUACCAAGAAGGCAGAUUCGCCGCUGAUUCAGGAUACACGUAUGUCAGUAUUGCAUACAAUACCAGUAUCUGUCUGAGCCUCUAUUGUUUAGCUAUGUUCUGGGUUGCGGUAAACAAAGACUUGAAACCCUUCAGACCAGUUCCCAAAUUCCUCUGUGUCAAAGGAAUUCUGUUCUUUUCUUUUUGGCAAAGUAUCGGUAUAUCCUUACUCGUAGCCAUGGGCGCCAUCAGAAAAGUUGGGCCGUAUACGGAUCCUGAACACAUGUCUCUUGCUCUUGUGGACUCUUUGAUCUGUUUCGAGAUGCCAAUCUUCGCUAUCGCUCAUCAAUACGCAUUCCAAGCCAGCGAUUAUAUUGACCACAACCUCGUCUAUGCGGCCCGUCUUCCAUUCAUCUAUGCUUUCCGCGAUGCCUUUGGGUUCAAAGACGUCUGGCAAGACACGAUCGACACAUUCAAAGGCCGCGGCGUAUCAUACCAAGCCUACGAACCUGCUGAGGGGGGUCUGCAUUAUGGCGUUGGUCGACAAAAGAGGAUAAGAGCGGGAUUGAGGUACGCGAAAGGCGGGAAGAUGAAGUAUUGGAUGCCAAAGCCAGGGGAUGAGGCGAGGAUGAAGGGACAGAGUGGGCUGAUUACGAGUAUGAAACGGAGAGUGGAUGAGAGGUUGGCAGAGAGAGAAGGGUAUGCACCAUUACUCCCUCAACAGGCGGCGAGGGUUGUGCAUCUUGAUCCCGGGCGCUAUACCACCUAUACAGGGGGGGAACGGAUGUUCGACAGUGAUUCUUCGGACGAUUCGGAUGCCCCCAGCCUCACUUUCCACUCUGCAGACGAGAUGGAAGAUGCAAUGUACGACCGAGCAAGGAGGAUAGGGUAUGCGGGGUUCCCGAAUGUGGAUGUGAGUAAAGAGGAAGCGAGAAGGAAAAGGAGGGAGGAGGAGGAAGGCAUUUUGAAGGGGAGAUGGACGAGGAGUGGGUUGAGGGUAAGAGAUGGGACUGGACUUGGCGGUGGGGAGGGGCAGGGGGAAGGGAGAAUGAGGGCGGGUUCAGCAGCCAAGGGUAAGAGUAAUGGUAAAAAUAAAGAUAAAGGGAAGGGGAAAGGGCAAAGCAGGAAAGUGUACGGAACAUGGGCAGAUCACCCGCCAUCCGUACAACGCUUCAACUCUUCAUCAUCAUCAACUCGCAACGGAAACGGAAAUGGACAUCCGGCAGACUUUGAUGAGGCUGAUGAUGAAGGCGUCGUGCGGCAGGAGGAGGAGGGAAGGGCUAUUAAAAAAAAGAGACAGAGACAAAGUCCACCUGUUUGGGUUACACGCACGGGCGCGACAACGGGUGUAGGCUCCUCUUCGUCCCCUUUUUCCAUUGGGGAUGAUGAUGAUGAUGACGAUGAGGACGGAGAGGGUGUCAAGAACAGAGAGACUCAAGGCGACAGAUCUAUGAGCUUCAAUCACCCUGAUAACUCCAGCCACAACUCUGACUCAGAUUCUGAACAUUCAGUUAAGCCGUCAACCACAAAAAAAUUACCCGCCGACGCGGUCGAUCUGGUCAAGGAAGAUUACGAAGCCGUUGAAGCCGCUCGGGAACGCGAACGUAGACGAGGAGAACCGCAGACGAAUGCCCCUGCUCAUGUGUAUCGCAAAACCAUCAUUGACGAGAUACCAGAGACGGAUACGAAUGCAGGUGCAAUGAAGAGGAGGAGAGGAAUAGGAGGAAGAAUUGAGGAAAUACAGGAAGUGUAUGCGCAUGAUCCUCAUGUGAUGACAAAGGAUGAGAUACAGACAGGCGUUAAGGAAGUGGUGGAUCACGUGGAGACAAGUUUGACUGUCGAGCCUCCAAAGCACGCGAUGAGUCUGGAUUUAGAAGAUAACCCGUGGUCGUGAGGUUGCUUGGGCUUGUGUGAUGGGGUGAAUAGACAAGAUCCUUAGAUGUCCAUUUAUUGUUUCUUUUUCGCAACGAGCCAUUUUGUAUCACGAUAAAUAGGUUUUGCUCACGACGUCAUGUUGAUAACAUUGAUUUCGCAUCGUAUAUAUACAACUCUUUCGAUUUAUGCGAAAUCAAAAUCCUGAAAAGAAAAAUGGAUGAAAGAUUACU